CAAAAACAUCAAAUCCAUCUCUAACUUGACAGCAUAUCAGUAAUCGAGUUUUCCUUAUUUAGUGAGAAUUUUUGUAAAAUUAAGAUGCAUCGUCGAAGAAUCUGUUGAAUCGUCUAAUGAGGAGACUCAGACGACCUGGUCAUAAGGAUACAUGAGAUUGGUCAACUGCAGGAUCUUCAAAGGGAGAAGGCAAAUAGAACUUUGUUAACUAAAAGCAAGCAGAAAAUCAUUAAGAGCAUAUUAUCAUUACUAAACAGUAUUGCAUUAAGUACAACGAGUAGAGUCAUGGACCCUUUAGUAAAACGCUCAGACAACGGAUUGGUCUCAGAACCCGUUAACUAAGUUCCUUUUCCGUAGCUUAUAAGUCAAAAUUCAUUGAGCUUAGUCAAGCAGGUUGCGCAUAGGUGAACAGAAGAAAGCAAAUCUAGCAAAGAAGUGGGGGAAAAGGGAUACCCUUAAAAAAAAAAAGAUGCAUUCACCUUGCAUCAGAGAAGCCACAACCUGCUUUCAUGGCUUCUGCACAAAUCCGUCUUUUGACAGACUAGACUCCCAGAGUUCUACCACAAGAAGUACAGCAACUACACAACAUGACUUUGCAAAUUCCACAAAUUCUUCUCUUUCUCCAAACUCUCGAUUCACAAACCAUGAGAGUCUCCCUUCAGUGGCGGAGUUAUUUUCCAAUUUCACCAAAGCUUACCCGCAAUACUUGAAAACUUAUCAAGCUGAUCAAAUCCGAGUGCAAGAAUACUAUCAUCUCUCAAAUCACGUAUGCCUUGAUUACAAUGGCCAUGGACUCUUCUCUUAUGACCAGCAACCAAGCCAUCGCUCUUCAUCUUUAAUCGCCUCUACAUCAACUUCUGCCCCUUCAACACAGUAUUCUGUUGGUUCUGACGUACCCUUCUUUCAAAUUUCCAACAAGUCAGCCAAUUUGUACUCUAAGAUACACUAUGGUGGACAAGAAUCAGAAUUUGAGUCUAUUAUACGAAAGAGAAUCACACGCUUUAUGAACAUUUCUGAAGAUGAGUAUUCCAUGGUGUUCACUGCCAGCCAGUCAUCUGCUUUCAAGCUUUUAGCGGAAAGUUAUCCUUUCUGGUCUAACAGAGAGCUUCUGACUGUCUAUGAUUUUCAGAAUGAGGCUGUGGAGAUAAUGAUUGAUUGCUCCAAGCAGAAAGGAGCCAAAGUAAUGUCAGCUAAAUUCUCAUGGCCCAAAAUGAGUAUCCACUCCAAGAACUUGAAGAAAAUGGUAGUAAGUAAAAGCAAGAACAGAAAGAGGGGCUUAUUUGUUUUCCCUCUUCAAUCGAAAAUGACUGGAGCUCGGUAUUCAUAUCAAUGGUUAAGCAUAGCACAGGAAAAUGGGUGGCAUGUCUUGCUUGAUGCUACUGCAUCAGGAGCUAAAGACAUGGAGACUUUAGGCCUCUCCUUCUUCAGGCCAGAUUUCCUAUUUUGCUCCUUUUACAAGAUUUUUGGGGAUGACCCGUCGGGUUUCGGUUGCCUGUUCGUGAAAAAAUCUAGUGCUUCAGUGUUUAAGAGUUCCAAAACUAAGAGUAUAGGUAUUGUUAGUCUUUUGCCAGCAACAACAAAUGGUCAGUAUUUCGACAAAUCAUCUAGCUUUGACAUUGAUACCGAACAGCAACCAUCACCAGAUGAUCAACCACCUAAAGUUGAAUUGGCUUUCGCAAGUUCACCCUCUAGUCCAGUGUCAGUUCAGCAGAAUGAAGAAAUCAUUGAGCUGCAAGCACUACAAAAAGGCAAUGAAAAACAAGAGCAAGAAUCAGAUUUUCAAAUUAUAGAACAAGAACAGCCCCAGGUCAUAAACCAAUUUGGAGACAGAGAUGCAACCAGUAGCAGAUACUCAGAUAUUGAAUUUAGAGGCUUGAAUCACGCAGAUUCAUUAGGCUUGAUACUUAUCCGUAACAGAUCAAGGUACCUAAUCAACUGGCUGAUAAAUGCAUUGAUGAGCCUCCAACACCCACAUUCAGAUUUCGGUCUUCCCUUGGUCUCUAUAUACGGACCUAAAGUAAGAUUCGACAGAGGACCAUCCCUGGCAUUUAACAUAUUCGACUGGAGAGGAGAAAAAGUUGAUCCUGCACUUGUGCAGAAGCUAGCUGAUAGGAACAACAUUUCACUUGGUUUUGGCUUCUUGAAAAAUAUUUGGCUCUCGGAUAGGCACGAGGAAGGAAAUACUUUGCUACAUACAAGAACUCCAGAGCACAGAAAACUCCUAAAAAAUAAGGAGAAACUCAAUGUAAGUAUAUCUGUUGUAACAGCUUCACUGGGGAUAUUGACAAACUUCGACGACACUUACAAGCUCUGGGCGUUUGCGUCUAAGUUCCUUGAUGCAGAUUUCGUCGAGAAAGAGAGAUGGAGGUACACUGCUCUCAAUCAAAGGACCAUUGAGCUGUAAGCUGACAAUUGUUAUUGUACGUCUAAUCUUCAUUCUUUCACAUACUAGAAAUUUUUCUUUUC